AUGUCAUAUAAUCAGCAACAACAUCAACUGUCCCCGCAUAAGCAGCAACAACCAAUCUCCCACCUUCCUGUUUUAUAUAAUCCAUUUCUUAAUUGCAUAUUUAACAAUCCUCAUUUCAACAAAUCACCAUUCAAAAGCGUAAUAGAAGAAUUGAGAGCCAAUCACAAUGAAUAUACUUUGAUAGUACCGUCUUCAUACGUUCUCAAUGAAUAUUAUGACCCAUCCACUCAAAGUAAUAGUACAAAGACCUUGCUUAAAGAAUUUUGUUACAACAACGAAGAUUUCAUCAAAUCACACAUUAUUAAAACCAGCACCCCAGUAUCAAGUACGGUAACACCCAUAUCAAAGGAACAACUGGUGAUAUAUAACACACUCAGUAGUAAACAGAUAUUAAUCAAGAAUAGAAUGAUCUAUACCGGAAAGGGAUUUAGAAGAAGUUUAAAACUUAAAAUAUCCCAUAUACUGUAUUUCCAUUCAUUCAGUGAUUAUUUCCCUCAGGGAAGUAAAUUCAUGUUAAUUCAUAUUGAAAGUACAUUAAUUGGAGGAGUACCGAAUCGUAAAUCAUUACCACCAAUUCCCCCACCUUCCUCCUCGGCAUCGGGCACAUCAAAAUCAUCAAAAGAUAAAUCACUUAACCUAGAUUCAAUUACAUUCGAGAAACUAUUACGAAGUUUCCCGUUACUUUCGAAAGCGGUAUCAGAUAAAUUUUAUAAAUUAUUCCAUCAUAAUAACAAGAAAUUUAGAGUGUUGCGAACGUAUACAAGAAAACCUCUAGAUGAAAUUAGAGUUGAGUUUCGGAAAAUGUUAGAUGAAGCUUUUAAGAUAAUUCUGGAUAGCGUUAAAGUUGAAAAUCCAGACAGUGAACAAACAUAUAGUCUAAUAAAUCAUAUUAUAAGUAUGUUUCCCGGAAUCGAUUUAAACAAACUAGUGCAUGAAUAUGUCGAAUUAAACCUAUAUGACGUCCUUUGGUCCCAAUUGAUAUUUCAAUUUAAUUUCCUGAAUGAUGAUAAAGAGACAUACGAUAAGGAGGCAAUUAAAAUAUUGACGACAGAGAAGUAUAGAAAUUUAUCAUGUUUGUCAUUAAAUCAGUUAGAUUUGCCAAUUGAAGAACCUUGGAAGUUGAAUGAGUUAUAUGAACGUGUAUCUUUGGCAAUUAAAGAAUUUGAGAAAUUAUCCGAUUCAUCGAUUGUUAUACUGACUUCAAAGACGAAUAUAAUAUAUAAUACUGUGAAAAUACUUAGCCGAGACCUGUGGGAUUUGACGAUCAAUGCCGAUAUUUUGAUCAGCUUAAUGAUUAUGGUUAUUGCCCAUUCAAAAGUUGACAAUUUAGAAGCACAUAUAUACUAUAUCAGGAAUUUUAAUUCAGUUGACCAUCAUGCAGAUGGACAUUUCAAUUAUAUUAUGAGUAAUUUGGAUGCUGUUUUGUACCAUAUGUCAGGAAAUGAGGCUGGAUAUAUUGAUCUAAUGUCACAGUCCAACAAAAAUUAUCAAUUGUGGAAUUCUAUCUAUGAACAAGAUAUUGAAAAAUUGCAAGAAAUAAUAGAUGAAGUCAGCGACGAAUUUCCCAAUUGUGAAGUGUUGCCAGAUAAUCAUUUCUUGAACAGCAGGAAUAUUAAUGGAGAAAGUUGUAUUGCAUUUGCGAUUAGGUCUAAAAACUACGAUAUUUAUAAUCUAUUAAUGAAUACAAACCCGGGCUGGUUUUCAAUUGACACAGUUCUAUUCGAUAUGAAUGUCGUUACCAAGCAGAAUUUGUUAACACUUUGCUUAAUUGAAGAAACUGACCCCCGAAUUAUGGACGAUUUAGUGUCGAUAAUACUAUCAAACUCCACACCGGAGGAACUGGCGGCAUAUUUCAAUAGUAUCGACAAGUCGGGUAGAUCAGUCGGACAUUAUCUAUUCCAUAAUUAUAAAUUAAUCGAUUCAAUUGGGCAAUACAUUGAUUGGGAAUUGAAGGAUAGUAAUUCUCAUACACCCUUAUUCAGUCUUUGUCGAUGUUAUGAUCACCCAGACUAUGUUGAUUUAAUCAAACAUGGAUUUGCUUGUGUAUAUGAAAAGUAUGGUCGAGGAAAUUUGGAUUUUGAUAAACAUGUAGAUAAAUCGGGUAAUACGUUAUUACAUGUAAUAUUGAAGGGGAUACCUGAAACAGAACUAUUAUCGAAUGAAGGGAAUAUUAUCGAUAUAAACCAGACCAGUCAACGGAAUAUGACUCCAUUGAUGUUGUAUGUUAAGUAUAACCGUUUAGAAAAUUUACAAGAAAUCUUGAAGGAUUCUAGAUUAGAUUUCUUGUUUGAGGAUUUAAAGAAUCAUUAUAAUGUUUUUGAUUAUUUAGGAUUCCUGGCUGCAAAAUCGUUAAAGACUGAAGUGUUUGGCAAGAUGGAAGCUUGUAUUUUCGAUUAUUAUUUAGAUAACUAUUUCCCACGAGGGGCUGAGGAUAAUCUCGUGGCGAUGAAUGGGAAAUAUGAUUCUAAUAAGAAAGACUGGUUAAUAUUUCUUAGGAAUUCCGAUGCAUAUUGUAAUUACAGAUCAAUAAACAAUAUCAAGCAGAGAUUAUUUAUCACGAAAUUGAAAUAUCCGUUAUCUACUUUUCCCGAUGAAGAAACUUUUUGGAAGAACUUUCCGAUAGAUAUACCUACGUCGCCCAUGUUUCAUAAAUUUAGAAUUAAUCGAUUCAUUGAAAAUCUCAAUAUCUUGUUUCGAAGUCUUGUAUUUCAAUCCAAUAUUAAUAGAAGUGUAUUUUUCAAGUCGUUUUUAAGUGUGGAAGUAGAAACCCUGAUUUUAGAUAUCAAGAAAAAGAUUGGAGAAUCAAUUGAACGAAAUAAAAUUAAAAAGUUUGGCGAGGAUGUGACUUAUAAAACCAACCAGAUCUACGAGAUUGAGUACUUUUUAGAAUAUUCCUUAACUGAUUUGAAUAAGUAUAAGACCUUAUUUAGCAAAUUAGCAAAAUUAAUUGCAUUUGCUGAGCUAAAACAAACUGAUGCCAAUUAUGUUGAAGAUCAGGCAUUAUUCAACAUAAUCCCAAAAAGCAAUUUAUGCGACAACACCUUACGAAGUGCGUCACAAAUUGCUGAACGCGAUUCCUCGUGGAAUACAUUAUUGGGAUAUAUAACAUGGAUUCAGGCAACUUCGGAGGAAUUACUCAAGAAUAUCAAUAAAAUAAUGCAAGAGAUUAGAUCAUGGAAAGAAGUUUAUCAUUCUAUAUGUAUUCUUAAUCUGGAACUCAAACAAAUAGAAAAGAAACUGGAGAAACUGGAGCAACCAGUAGCCAACACCGACGCCGUUCCUGUUGAGAAUGGUAAUACAGAAGAGAAUGGAGAAGACGGUGGGACAAUUAGUCGUACAAUUAGUGGACAGACUCUUUCAAUCAAUCCCAUCCCUGAGAAUGAAAUCGAGGAAGACACGGCUUUUUUCAGUUUUGGCGAAAGAAGAAAGACUAAAUAUAAGAAAUUAAUAGUGGCAAAAUCAGAAAAGGUUAAACAAAUUAUGAAAUUAAAUUUUGAUAUUAGAUGGGGGCAUGAGAUUAUUGCCGCUGAGAUUUCUAAUUUUUUGAAAUUUAGAACUGAGUUUUUGAGAUUUGGAAUAAAGGUGUUUAAUAAUGGUGAAAUUAGGAGGUUGAAGCAAAGAAAGCUUGAAUUGCAGUCUAUUCUCAAGGAUUUGAAAUGA